GAGGGAUGUGUCAUCUGCGUUUGCAGCGGCACCGACCUCGUCAACCUGUCCUUCAUGUACAUGGUGGCUGACAGCCCAGACACUGCUAGGAAGUGGACAGAGGGUUUGAGGUCAGUGAUUACAACUUCAGAGCCAAUAACGUCUGUCCUAUGACCUGCCUCAAGAAACAUUGGAUGAGGAUGUGCUUUCUGACCAAUGUGAAUGAAAGAUCCAGUGAGAACCAUCACACGGCGUUUGCAUCUGGGAAAACAGAGAAAGGAAUCUUUCAGGCUCUGAAGGAACUGGGUCUGCCUAGUGGAAAGAGCGAGGAGAUAGAAGACUCAGCCUUCCCCUUUGACAUCUUCUACGCCCUGACUCAGAAGAUCUGCCCUCGUACUGACAUCCAGGAACUCUUCAACAAAAUCAAUGGGGACAAAAGUGAUUUUUUAAACGUAGACCAGUUAGUCAGCUUUCUGAAUGAAAAUCAGCGUGACCCGCGGCUAAACGAGAUACUGUUCCCCUUCUACGACCCGAAACGAGCCAUGCAGAUCAUCGAGAAGUACGAGAGAGACUCAGACCUCAAGAAGAAAGGCCGUAUGUCCAGUGAUGGCUUCUGCAGGUACCUGAUGUCAGAUGAGAAUGCCCCGGUGUUCCUGGACUGUCUGGAGCUGUACCAGGACAUGGARCAGCCGCUGGCYCACUACUUCAUUGCCUCCUCCCACAACACCUACCUGACCGGGAGGCAGUUUGGAGGAAAGUCCUCCGUGGAGAUGUACAGACAGGUUCUGCUCUCCGGCUGCAGGUGUGUAGAACUGGACUGCUGGGAUGGAAAAGGAGAAGACCAGGAACCUAUCAUCACUCAUGGCAAGGCCAUGUGYACUGACAUCCUCUUUAAGGAUGUGAUCUCAGCCAUCAGAGAAACAGCCUUUGUGACAUCUGAGUAUCCUGUGAUCCUGUCAUUUGAAAACCACUGCAGUAAACCCCAGCAGUACAAGAUGGCUCGGUACUGUGAGGAGAUCUUUGGAGACUACCUACUGAGGCAUCCUCUCGAGGGAUACACUGUUGAAGCGGGUCGUCCCUUGCCUUCUCCCAUCGACCUCAAACGCAAAAUMCUCAUCAAAAACAAACGCUUGAAACCCGAGGUGGAACAGAAGCAGUUAGAGUCCUUUAAGAAGCACAUGGAGGCUGGAGAGACCAACACACCAGCUAUCUUACUGGGAGCAGAGACAGAGGAAGAUGUGGAGAAUGCUCUAGGUGAUGUGAAGGAGGUGAACCCUGACUUGAAGAUCAGUACAUCAGAGGAGCCUAGUGAAGACAACAGCCUCAGCACCAGUGUCCCUGUGAAGAAAGAAGGAGAGGAGAGGGACAACAGCAUCAAAAAGGUUGUGGAGGAGGAUCCAACAGAGAUGUCUGAGGCCACAGAAGCUACAGACACCACAGACAUCUCAGAGGCUUCUGAGGAUAACAACAUCAAGAAGACUGGAGAGACGACGGAUGACGAGGAGGCUCUGAUAGCCUCGUACACGUACGUAGGAGCCACCACCAACAUCCACCCCUACCUCUCUGCCAUGGUCAACUACGCACAGCCAGUCAAGUUCCAAAGCUUCGACGUCGCAGAAGAGAGGAACAUCCACCACAACAUGUCGUCAUUUAAUGAGUCAGUGGGUUUGGGUUAUCUAAAGACCAACGCCAUCGAGUUUGUCAACUACAACAAGCGUCAGAUGAGUCGGAUCUACCCUAAAGGAGGCAGGGUGGACUCCAAUCUGGCCAUGCAGUUGAACCAGGGAAAGUAUGAGUACAACGGAUCCUGUGGGUAUCUGUUGAAGCCAGACUUCAUGCGUCGCUCAGACAGGAUGUUUGACCCCUUCUCAGAGACACCUGUGGACGGGGUUAUUGCUGCUACCUGCAGUGUACAGGUGUUUUCUGGUCAGUUCCUGUCUGAUAAGAAGAUUGGGACCUACGUAGAGGUGGACAUGUACGGGUUGCCCACGGAUACCAUCCGCAAAGAGUUCCGCACCCGCAUGGUGAUGAACAACGGCCUGAACCCCGCCUACAACGAAGAACCUUUCGUCUUCAGGAAGGUGAUUCUGCCAGACCUGGCUGUGCGUCUAGCUGUGUAUGAUGACAAUAAUAAGCUGAUAGGUCAGAGGAUUCUACCAUGGGGUCUACAGGCAGGAUACAGACACAUCUCUUUACGCAACGAAGGGAACAAGCCUCUGUCUUUACCCAGUUUUUGUAACAUAGUCCUUAAGACCUACGUACAAGGCUUCGGAGCCAUCGUGGACGCCCUGUCAGACCCCAAAAAGUUCCUGUCCAUAGCAGAGAAAAGAGCGGACCAGAUGAGAGCUCUGGGGAUUGAAACGACGUACCUUAAACUGAUUAAAAAGCAGCAGAAAGAGCUGAACUUUUUAAAGAAGAAGCACGCAAAGGACCGCACCAUCAUGCAGAAGUGCCACUGCACCCAGGUGGACAAGAUSAUUUCUCAGCACGACAAGGAGAAGCUGACACAGGACAAACUGCUGGAGAAGGCCAUCAAGAAACGAGGAGAAAACAACUGUCUGGAGUUGAAGAAGGAGACUGAGAGUAAAGUGGAGAAACUGAACACUGACCACAAAGCUAAGGUGAAGGACAUUACAGCCCAGCACACUAAGGAGUGGUCAGAGAUGAUCAACUCCCACAGCAGUGUAGAGCAGGAUAUGAAGGACAUCCACGUGGUCCAGCAGUGUGAACAGCUCAAGAAACUACUGAGUGGAGUCCAGGAACAACAGACUCUAUCGCUCAAACUGAUUCACGAACGGCAGAGCAAGGAGAUGCGGGCCAACCAGGCCAAGACGUCCAUGGAGAACAGCAAGGCCAUCAGCCAGGACAAGACCAUCAAAAACAAGGCAGAGAGGGAGAGGAGAGUUAGAGAGUUGAACAGCAGCAACACCAAAAAGUUCCUGGAAGAAAGGAAAAGGUUGGCUAUGAAGCACCAGAAGGAGAUGGAGACGCUGGAGAAGUCUCAGAAAGAAGAGCUAGAGAAACUGGACAAGUUCAAUGAGCAGGCCAAAGACAUCCAGCAGAUGGUGAAGCUGGAGGAGGAGAUGGACCGCAGACCAGCCACAGUGGUUUAACCACUCCCACCAACUGAGACACACACACAUAUACAAUGCCCAGACCAGCCACAUUGGUUUAACCACUUCCACCAACCGAGACAGACACACACACUCUGCCCAGACCAGCCACAGUGGUCUGAACACCCCCACCAACACCUAAGACACACACAAACACCCACACAGGCACCGAAUGCUCCCUCAAACAACUGACGCAGAGACCCAGAAACACUCACACAUCUCACUACACACACCCCCUAGAUCCCCCGUUUCAUUCCCUCACCCUGCAAUAUUGUCAUAGCUCAUAUCCUCUAUCCCUCUAAAUCUCCCUCAGCAAUGAACCACAUCCACACACAGUCAGUCCCCCCCUCCAACUCCCCUGUGCUGUGGAGCCAUUGGUGCAGACCGGUGAUUGACAGUAAGAUGAGCGAAUGCUGUUGGAAGGUGGGUGGGACAUCCAAAACAUUGUGAGACACAUCCCACCUUCACCGUUCCAUCUCUCCACCACUCUACUACACCCGGACCUGCUUUUUAUAAACCUCCAUCCAUCUUUUUAAUCUGUUUUUAAUGGAAGCAAUGUUUGCAGAUAUCAAUAGUCACUGUAAACAUACACAAAGACACUGAUACGCAUACAUACAAUCGUUAUCACGUCUGUUCCUUCGGUUGUCAUGACGGCUUAAGUCAUGUUCUCUGUUCAAACUCUUGUAAUACUUUUAUUUUUUUAUUUUUAAUGGUACCAGGUAUCAAUAACAGGACCAGAAUAUGGAGGGGGAAAAUACAGAUGUAUUAGUUAUACAUUUUAUGUCAGCACAAAAUAUGUAAAUUAUGCUGUAUGCUACACAAGAGUUGAAGUAAUGUCCUGAGCAMUUUAUAUGUGGUAGGCAUAACGUGGUWGGCUAUCAUAACCCAAGUGAUAGAUUUCUCUGUUUUGAUAUGAAUGUAAACUGAAAAAGGACAAAACGUCGGAUGAGCGCUGUUCGGAGAAAACUAAGCCCAACGUCAGGUAGUCCUAAACACUGCAGCUUGUCCUUCACGCAUAGUUUUGUUUUAUCAAGGGAUAUCUACGAAUUUUUCUCAACUAAAAAAAAAUACAAAGGCUUAACCAGA